GUCGCCCAGACACCGCGGCUGUCUCGCCUAUAAUAAAUUUAUUAUCAGACGCUCGAAAGGAGAAACUCUUGCUGUCAGAAAUGUCGCUUUCUCUGACUAAUAUCGGCAUCACUGUCACUGAGAACAUGGCCGAGGAAAAGAGUGUGAAGAAGGAGUUUGAGUGUGUGGAACUGGGAGAUCUGCAGCAGAACGACGAGAGUGGAGAGAAAGCUCCACGCCGAGUCAUCCACUUCUCCAGCGGAGAGACAAUGGAGGAAUACAGCACCGAGGACGAGGAAGACCACACACACACACAGCCUGAUAAAAACAACCUUUUGUCCUCAGUAGACACGUCCAAGCUGACAUGGGGUCCGUACGUCUGGUUUCAGAUGUGGAGAGCAGCUUCAAACACUGUAUCAGCAUGUGAUUAUGUGGGUGAGAGAAUGGCCUCAUUGUUCGGCAUCACGUCAGCCAAAUAUCAGUACGCCAUUGAUGAGUACAACAGAACCAACAAACAGAAGGAGAAUGAAGUGAAGGAUUGCCCUGACUCAGAGGAGGUUGAGUCAAGUUUUGAGGAGAAACAAAAGGAGGCGAUCCAGAAGUACAACAUCAACAAGACUAAAGUUGAUAACCCUGAGAACCUCGACGCUGGGUCUCCUCCCAGACCCGAGAACCUCGACGCUGGGUCUCGUCCUGAACCCGAGAACCUCGACACCGGGUCUCGUCCUGAACCCGAGAACCUCGACGCCGGGGCUCCUCCCGAACUCGAGAACCUAGAUGCCGGGUCUCAUCCUGGAUGCGAGAACCUCGACGCUGAGGCUCCUCCCAAACCCGAGAAUCUCGACGCCGGGGUUCCUCCCAAACCUGAGAACAUUCCCCAGUUCUAGCACUGAUUUCUCCACGCUGAUGUUCCUCCUGCAGCAGCACUCACAGCACUGUACAAGUCUAAACCCUUUCCUCUUUUAUGCGUCUUUAAGAAUGUGUUUUACUUUUCUUUAAUCUCCUCAUGGACCAAAUAUAUAUGUUUUAGUUGUUUUAUAACGUUCCACUGAAAUACUGAUGUACUGAAUUAUUUAUAUUUAUAGUACUGUUAUUUAUUCAGUGGUCAGCAUUUUAUUUUUAGAUAAAUUGUGAAAC